AUGUGGUGGCCUACUUUCUCUCUCCUGUGGCUUCUGGCUUGCCUCCUGAAGACUCCCGCGGCCUCGGCCCACCUGAAAGUUGUAACCGCGGGCGACGACGUGACGUUGGAGUGCUCGUUCGGCUCUGGCAGCGUGGCGGUGAUGUUUUACUGGUACAAACAGGUCUUAGGCCAGAAACCUGUGGUGAUGUCCCGGUUCUCCAAACACAACAAAGCCAGCGCCUUCCUCGGAGAAUUCAAACGCGACCCCAGGCUCUCGCUUAAAAACAAGCUCCACCAGAACCACCUCACUAUCUCGGACUCGCGCCAGUCCGACUCGGCCACCUACUUCUGCAUCAGCGGAUACUCCUACAUGUACGAGUUUGAGACCGGCGUGGCGUUGGUGGUGAGAGGCAGAGACUUGUCGGUGGAGACGCAGACGGAGGGCCGAGGGCGAGCAGGAGGCAGCCUGGUCCUGCGGUGUCUGGUGCGGGCCGCGGACUGCGACGGGCGGCGGGAGGUGUACUGGGUGAAGGAGGUGGCGGGUCGGCUCGCUCUGGUCACGUACGCUGGUGAUGGCGGGUGUGUGAAGAGUGUGGAAGAUUCAAAGACCUGUGUGAGCCUCCUCCGCGUUGGUAACAUGAGCUCGGAGCAGACAGGGACGGAGCACACAGGGACGGAGCACACAGGGACGGAGCACACAGGGACGGAGCACACAGGGACGUACCACUGCGCUGUGGCCGCCUGCGGACAGGUCCUGCUCGGGAACGGGACCACUGUGGUAUUGGAAGAUGUGUCUUUUGUCCUGGAGCUGUAUUUUCUCUGUGGAUCUUUGGUCGUCGGCCUCAUGUUGGUUCUGCUCCUUGGGGUCUCAGCUCUGACCAUGAUCAGGACCAGAACAACACAGGGACCAGGUCUGGGAUCGGCCUCUGUCAGAUCUGGGAUCCGCGGCCGUAACCACGGCGAUGCUGUGCGUCUCAAUCAGAGGGAUGGCACCUGGAGCGAGUGCGUUUACUCUGAGGUGCACCAGUAG